UCUCUCUCUCCCUACCGUUUGUACAGGCGAUUCAAAUGUUCCAUGGCAGACUCCUCGCUCCGGUGGUCAAAGGGGCAGAAGCUAUUGUCUUCUGAUGGUAUGCAAGUUUCCUGAGUGCUUGCAAAAUGAACCAACCAAAUCAGCGGUUGACGUUUCAUCUGUUUGUUAUGCUGAAAAAGUGGCUGUUAUUCGUAGAAACCUAGGUUCACUUCUGAGUCAUGCUGAAUCUUUAAUUCCUACUUUUCUAAAUGAAGAGGAUGUGCAACUUUUGAGGGUGUUCUUCACUCAGUUAGAGUCUCUGAUUGCUCCUGCUGAAAUUGGAGAAAACCGAGUUCAAGGAAUGGGUGAAUUCCUGCAUGAUGGACCAAAAUGUUGAGACCCAGGUGUGAAUCUUUAUUCAUCACAGGGAGGAUAUGUAAUCUGCAAUAUAAGAACUUGAAUGAAUCUUGAAGUUAAUUUUAUUUGGUUAAAAGAGGAGGAAAGUCUUGAGGAUUUGCAAAGGACAUUUGUGGAGAUGUUCGACCGAGAUUUAGCGAACAUGAUGGACAAUGAAGAUCCAAUGGUGAAGAAGAGACCACGGGAUUAUGGACCUAGCUUGAGGACCACGUGUUUGAAAGCAUGAGUAUUGUGUAGUGAAACUAGUGAAAUUACAUACAUUGUUGUGUGCGUUGGUGUUGGAUGGUGUGUGCAAAUUACUGGGUGAUGUGUGCAAAUUACUGGGUGAUGUGUGCAUUGUUGUGUAGUAGCCUGUACGAAUCACUUGGCGGGGCAAGUUUGAGAAGACUAACCACAGUGUUACUUUGACUAA